UUCGAGACACGAAGUUUAGGUAAUCGUCGCGUGUUUACAAAAUUUCCAAAAUUUCUAGCUGUGUUCGGCACGCGCGAAUUAAAGCACGUGAAAUUUUUGUGUUUAUUCGCGGAAAAUUGUUAAAAAAAUGCCCGAAGCGAUGGAAAAUCUAUCGCAAAAGCCUAGAAUCUACUUGGAUGAGUACAAGCUGAAGCAGGAUGCCAACGAUUACGGUUUGUCGGACGAAUUGUGGGAUUUUGAGCGAUUUAAGAAGCAGCUGCAAAUCGUAAUCGUUCGGUACGAGGAAAACGAGCUGGAGUUUGACAUGAUCGGCGUGAACCCGGCAAUCGCCAACGCCUUCCGGAGGUUGAUGCUCAGCGAAGUGCCUAGCAUGGCAAUAGAAAAGGUGCAUAUUUACAACAAUACUUCGAUAAUCCAGGACGAAGUUCUGGCUCACCGACUGGGUCUGAUUCCGCUGAAGGCCGAUCCGAGGCUUUUCGAGUAUAAAACGAAUGAAAACGAUCCGCCCAAUGCAUUGGAUACGUUGGAGUUUGAGCUAAAAGUGAAGUGCACUAAGAAGAACAAGGAUUCCACCGAGAUCACAAACAACGACAACAUGUACAAGAAUCACAGCAUCUACUCCGGGCAGAUCAAGUGGAUUCCGGUGGGAAAUCAGGCCUCUAUCUACAAGGAAGCCGACGUCGGACCUAUCGAUGAUGAUAUCCUGAUUAGUAAAAUGAGGCCAGGGCACGAAUUCGAUAUCAAAUUGUUUGCCAUGAAGGGAAUCGGUAAAGAUCAUGCCAAGUUCUCUCCGGUGGCAACUGCUUCAUACCGUCUGCUGCCGGAAAUCCGUCUGAAUCGACCGGUCGUGGGAAGGGAUGCUCUCCUGCUGCAGAAGUGCUUCUCUCCGGGCGUCAUCGAAAUCGACAAGGAUGACCAGGCUUACGUGAAGGACGCACGGUAUGACAGCUGCAGUCGGAACGUGUACCGCUACCCGCAGAUUGCUGAUGCGGUAACGCUGAGCCGGGUGAGGAACCACUUCAUCUACAACGUGGAGUCUUUGGGGGCGCUCAAACCGGAUAUCAUUUUCGUGGAGGCAGCCAAAGUGUUGAAGAAGAAAUGCAAGAUGUUCCUGGACGAGAUUAAAGGUAACUAACUUUGACUA